AUGUACAGCUUCAUGGCAGGGGGUCUUUUCUGCGCCUCGGUCGGGAACAUCCUGCUGGUGGUUUGCACAGCCACUGACUACUGGGUGCAGUACCGGCUCCAGGGAGCCUUGGCCCACCAGGGCCUCUGGCGCUACUGUCUGGCGGGCAAGUGCUACAUGCAGAUGGAGAACAUUGCCUACUGGAAUGCCACCCGGGCCUUCAUGAUCCUCUCUGCCCUGUCCUGCUUCGCUGGCAUCAUCACGGGGAUCUUGUCCUUCGCCCACCGAUCCACCUUCGAGAAAUUCAACCGGUCGUUCGCUGCUGGGAUAAUGUUCUUCGUCUCCACGCUCUUCAUCCUGCUCGCCAUGGCUGUCUACACCGGAGUCACCGUCAACUUCCUGGGCAAGCGGUUCGGGGACUGGCGCUUCUCCUGGUCUUACAUCCUGGGCUGGGUUGCCCUGCUCAUGACCUUCUUCGCAGGGAUAUUUUACAUGUGCGCGUAUCGGAUGCACGGAUGCCAGCGCGUGGCUGAGACGCGUUAA